ACGCACACAUGGGAGACGUUUGCCUUCAGGGCUUUCUGCCAGAAAAGGGUUUCUUUGAACCCAAAUCAUGAUAUUUUCCUCAACCGAACAAAGUAGGUUUGUUGCCUAAAGCUAAAAACAAGACAAACUUCUCCCAUGUGCGAGGCUGAAGGGCUGAGGCUCUUAUUAUUAUUCUUCUUCAGGCGCCUUCGGGCUUCCGUGCAAAGUGCAGCGCCCCUGUGGUCUGAUUAUUGCGCGCUCAAGGUGGAGUUCUCGGCCACAUCACAUCUGAUUGUUGUCGCCACAACGCACACUGAUCGAAGCUCUUGUCCUGCAAGAGAGGGAGCAGGAGCAGGGAGCAGCUGGACAACAACGGAAGCGAGAGCGUGGUUUGUUUUGGAUUUGUUUGUUUUUUGCAUUUCGGGACAAGUCCACUCUUACUUUGAGUAGAGAAGGUGUCAGAACGUGCGUUCAACGCGCAGGUGAAAACAAAUCUCAUAUUUCAAGUUCUUCGCUGCAGCAACUUUUUAAGCCCUUCGGAAGAUUUGUUUAGUUUGCUUUAGUGAAGAUUCAUAAAGAUAGUUUUUGAAAUCUUGAGAAAUGUCUCGCAAGAAGACUGCCAAAGGCAAAGCCGCGACGCGCAGCCCGUCUGCAGGCAGCCCCACCGGGAAAGGGACCGGGAAAGCUGCGAGGAGCAGCCCGAGCAUUGUUCAGAUGAACGGAGUGGUCCACCCCAGCAGACCCCCGGUCAGCAGCAGCAGCGAGUUUUAUGACAUCUCUUUCAAGGUGAUGCUGGUUGGAGACUCUGGUGUGGGGAAAACAUGUCUACUGGUCCGUUUUAAAGACGGAGCUUUCCUGGCUGGCAGCUUCAUCUCCACUGUGGGCAUUGACUUUAGGAAUAAAGUCCUGAACAUUGAUGGAGUCAAGGUGAAGCUCCAGAUCUGGGACACAGCUGGACAGGAGCGCUUCCGCAGUGUCACUCAUGCCUACUACCGUGACGCCCAUGCUUUGCUUCUGUUGUAUGACGUCACGAACAAAACAUCCUUUGAUAACAUACAGGCAUGGUUGACUGAGAUCCAUGAGUACGCCCAACAAGAUGUGGUGCUCAUGCUGCUUGGAAACAAGGCUGAUGCCACUCAUGAGAGGGUGGUGAAGAGAGAAGAUGGGGAGAGGCUUGCAAAGGAGUUCGGAGUUCCCUUCAUGGAGACCAGCGCCAGGUCAGGUCUAAAUGUAGAGCUGGCUUUCACUGCUGUGGCUAAGGAGCUGAAGCACCGGUCUACGAAGGAGCCCAGUGAGAAGUUUAAGCUCCAGGAGUACGUAAACAAGGAGAUGAAGAGCACAAGCUGCUGCAGGUCUUAGAGCCUGCCCUUGUCAUUUUCUGGAUCUGAGUGUGUGUGUGUGUGUGUGUGUGUGUGUGUGUGUGUGUGUGUGUGUGUGUGUGUGUGUGUGUGUGUGUGGAUCACUUAUGUUCAUACCGUAUGUGCUCAUAUCUGGUGAGAUCAAAGCUGAGGAGUCGGCUCCAGCGAGGUAUAAAUAUCUUUGCAGUUUUGUUUCUACCCUCUCAAAACCUCCCUGUCUCAGUCCACACAUCCUCCCUCUGUUGUCCUGCACUCAUCUCGCUGCCCUACUCUAUUUCAUAUGUCCUGCUUGUCCUCAUCCACCUCCUUCUGCAGCUGUGAAUGUAGCCCCAGGUUAUGGUUUGCGAAAAGACAUGUUAGACGCUCCACACCUUAGUUAUUAACCUAUUAAUGGAGUCAUUCAUUUCUUCCAUUACUGUAGCCGCAUGAUAUUUUAAACCCAAGCGUUGAAUCGGAAACCUACCUUUUGCAUUACCUGGUGUGGUUAUGUUAUUGUGAUGGGAAGUUCUCGCACCAGAAUUUAUGUUUUUGCAAGAUACGUUUUCCUGUAAAGUCGUUGAGUGUAUAGUGAUGCUUGUUCUGUCCAUGGUUCAGUGUUCAUGUCAGUAAUUCAACAGGCUCUUUGGAGCUCACCAGCAUAAACUCAAUCCAACCAUUUCCAUGAUUCAGCUGUGGAUAUUUGGGGAUAUGUCUCACUUGGAAUAUGUCUGGCAAUUGAUGUUUGCUAUUUUGUAUGCAACCAUAUGAAGUACAGAAUAGCAUCAUUAGCUACAAUUAUUCUUUUAUUAAAUUAGAAUUAAUGCUAGAUGAUAAAUCAAAGUAUACAGUAGUUGAAACAAACCAUCAGAGACAUGGCAGUGCAUGUGUCAUAGAACCUUAAACAUUUUGGGGAUUAUUUCAAUAUUAGAGGAUCGAUGUUGGGUCUUGGAGAGCGCUGAUGCAACCUCUCUUCUUCUUGUUUAUAUAGUCUUUAGUUUUGAAACCUGAUUUUGACAAACGUGAUGUAAACACUUUUUUUCUUCAUGUAAAAAAAAGUUUGUAUUUGGAAGAAUAUCACUUUAGAUGAUAAAUUAGAGUAUGAGUGAGGUUUUAGAGGGGUAUUCGAGGAAAUAACGACUAACAGUAUGUUGGUAAUGUUAACCAAAGUAUUGUAUACAACACACAGAUGUUUAUAUUUCUUCAUUUUUAAUGUUCAAUUUUUAGUCAAAUGUGCAAACAUCAGUAGGCUGCUUUAAAUUUUUGCAAUCAUGAAUAUAUAAAUGGGGUAUAUUGUGCCAUGCCAACAUUUUGACCAGUGCAUUUAUUAUAAUAUGUUAACCAUAUUUAACCAGGUUUUAAUAAAAGAAGCAUAGGCCUCUUUUCUAUAUGACUGUUGCUUUGGUAGACUUAAUGUUAGUCAUAGAAACUGGAUAUCCCUGUAUAGUAUUUACUGUACAUUUUCAUGUUUUUCCUAUCUUGAUGUUCACAGUAACGUAUUGGGUUUUUGGCUUUACUACUUUUCAAUGUGCAACUCAUUUCUUGUAUCUGAAAGAUAACUAAAAUAAAAACAGAAAGUAACGUG